GGGAAGGGGAAGGAGCGCGCACAAGAGAACUGCAAGGAGCGCAGCCAAGACAAUUCACAAGAUUCUCCAACUUUUGCUUUUUGGGCAAAGAAAAUUCAUUCUCACAUCCAGAUCUUAUCAGAUUUAUUCCUUCCCUGGAUUCCAGCUCAGGUUUUUGAAACUUUAAAAUUAUUAUUUUUUAUUUUGCAAGAAAAUUUGCGGUGGAACAAAAUCAGCAAACCUUGAAUUUCUAAGAAAAAAAAAAAACGCCCAGAAAUUGACUCCAAGGCUGGAAAGAUGGAUAGUCUUCCAAUAAGAAAAGUUUUUGGACUUUAAGAGAACUAUUUCAAUAUCUCUUCUCAGUAGGAGUACAGAAUUGUCAUCUUCAAUUCAGGUUCAUUUUUGGUGCUACAUUCUUUUAGUAAUUUUGUGCAAUUUUAGGUUCAUAGAUUUUUCUUCACAGAUUAAGGUUCUUUGUAGGUCCUCAGGGUGACGGUGAAGAUGUCCUGCACUACGUUAAUUUUCUGCCUCAGUGUUGUUACUGCUGCUUGGGUACACGUGGUUCUUGCUCUUGGAGAGAGACCUCUAGCCGGUUACAAGGAGGAAAUUGUGUUUCCGGAAAGACUAAACUCCAGCUUCCGCCAAGAACGGCCAGACUGGCCUGUAAAUGGAUUUGAGAUAUCCUCUGAAAGUCGCCUAAUUUUCCGAUUCCGUGCUUUCGGCGAAGAAUUGGUUCUAGAUUUGGAGAGAGAUCCCAGCUUUCUCUCGGAGGACUUGACGGUACAGUAUGUUGGCAAAAAUGGACAGCUAGAUGCCAAAGGUCUCUCUGAAUCUGGCAGUUACUUUACUGGUGCUGUAAAUUCAGACCCAGAAUCUAUCGCUGCAGUGAAUUACAAUGGAGCAUCCCUCUUGGGCGUUCUCCAGUUCAGAGGAGCAGAAUACCACAUUGAACCAUUGGAAGGUGGAGGACAAAACAGCGUUGAGGGUGCUGGAGCUCACGUCAUACGGAGGAAGGUGCCAGAGAAAGGCAAUGGACCGAUGUGCAAUGUUGGUCCUCAAGUGUCCACCAAAAUGCCAGGAGAGCCUGAUGACAACAAUCACCAUGGGAAACACAAAACACCCUCAUCAAAGAGAUCAAAGCGUUUCGCAUCUGUCCCUCGUUACGUGGAGACCCUGGUGGUGGCAGAUGAGAAAAUGGCGACAUUCCACGGUGCAGGCCUCAAACGGUACCUGAUGACAGUCAUGGCAGCUGCAGCCAAAUUCUUUCGCCACCCAAGCUUGAAGAACCCAGUGAAUGUUGUCGUGACGAGGCUCGUGGUAAUAGGCCGGGAAGAGAAAUCCAAAACCUACGGGGGGCUGAAGAUGACCACCAAUGCUGCCGAGAUGCUGAGGAACUUCUGCGAGUGGCAGAGAGGUCUGAACAAGCCGAAUGACUCUGACUCUGAACACUUUGACACAGCCAUACUCUUCACCAGACAGAACCUCUGUGGAGUGUCUACCUGCGAUACGCUGGGGAUGGCCGAUGUCGGGACGGUUUGUGAUCCAUCACGCAGCUGUUCUAUCGUGGAGGAUGACGGCUUGCAGUCUGCGUUUACCGCUGCACACGAGCUUGGACACGUGUUUAACAUGCUUCAUGACAACUCCAAACCAUGUGUUGAUCUCAACCGGCCGGCAAGCAACACCAGACACAUGAUGGCACCGGUCAUGUCCUUUGUAGACCCAGAGGAGCUGUGGUCACCUUGCAGCGCCAAGUUCAUCACAGACUUCUUGGACAAUGGAAAUGGUCACUGUCUUCUGGAUAAACCGCAUGCUCCGCUCCGUCUACCAGUCCCGUUCCCGGGUAACGAUUACGACUCUGAUCGUCAGUGCCAGUUGACCUUUGGGCCAGACUCUAAGCAUUGCCCCAACCUGCACACCCCCUGCUCAUCUCUAUGGUGCACUGGCAGGAUAGACGGUCACUUCAUGUGCCAAACAAAGCAUUUCCCUUGGGCAGACGGUACCCAAUGUGGAGUGGGCAAGACCUGCAUGAAUGGGCGCUGCAUCAACCGGGUGGAGAUGAAAGCUUAUGAUACACCUGUUAAUGGAGGUUGGGGAUCUUGGGGGCCCUAUGGAGAAUGCUCCAGGACAUGUGGGGGCGGAGUGCAAUUUUCUCACAGAGAGUGCAACAAGCCCGUUCCACGGAAUGGAGGCAAAUAUUGUGAGGGGAAGAGGACGCAGUAUCGAUCCUGCAAUUCCCAAGAAUGCCCUAAUGGCAACGCUAUGACUUACAGAGAGCAGCAGUGUGCCAUGUACAACCACAGAGUUGACCUCUUCAAGGGUUUCCCCUCUCCCAUGGACUGGGUACCACGAUACAACGGAAUUGCUGAGAAAGAUCAGUGCAAACUUACCUGCCAGUCCCGGCCAUUGGGAUACUACUAUGUCCUAGAGCCAAGAGUGGCAGAUGGUACCCCAUGUUCUCCAGACUCAACCUCUGUGUGCGUUCAGGGGCGCUGUGUCCAUGCCGGGUGUGACCGCAUGAUUGCGUCCAAGAAGAAAUUCGACAAGUGCAUGGUGUGUGGAGGAAAUGAUUCUGCCUGUACAAAGACUUAUGGAUCUUUUACAAAACCCCGGUAUGGAUACAAUGAUGUGGUUACCAUCCCGGCUGGUGCAACUAAUAUCCUGAUCCGUCAGAACAGCGGUUCAUCCUCCACCAGUGAUGGAGUCUACCUGGCUUUAAAACGUCAGGACGGAUCCUUUGCUCUCAAUGGCAAUUACAUCUUGGUGCCAUCCGAAAUAGAUGUCAAUGUUGGAGGAGGGAUGACCUUACGGUACAGCGGAGCCACCAAGGCCAUGGAGACCAUCGCAGGACGAGGACCCCUGAAAGAGUCCUUGACCAUUCAAGCUUUGGUCGUAAGUGACCAGAGAGCCCCACGUCUCAAGUACACUUUCUUUGUUCCCAAACAAAGAAGCCAGUCAAAGAAACCAGCAGAAGACUGGAUGAAACGAAGAGCACAGAUUCUCGAAAUUCUGAGAACAAGAAAUAACCAAAAAUAGCAAACACUUAAGAA